AAAAAAUAUAAACAAAGUUGGCGGUAAAGAUGGAGCCCGCAGAGAGUGAACUCGUACCCAGUGAUGAAACAAACCAGGAGUACAGAGUUCAAGUAACGUCGAAGAAACAAGUCAUAGAGCAGAUUAACAAAUACAAAGACAUUUUAAAGACGGCUCUUCACGGACAGGAGGACGUCGCGGAGGAGACGAAGCGAGUUUUACUGCAGGAGCUGCUGGCGAACUUUGAGGCGGCGGUUCAAGACAAUGUGUUGGUGAACGGACAGCCUUGGGAAGAGGCACCUGAUGUUGAAGCAGAAGACGAGGCUGCUGAUCUGGAAAGCCUGCUGGAUGACACCAUUGUUGAGACCACCAGGAGGCGCCGUACAUGCCCAAAACAGAUCCUGCCGCAUGUGGUCCACUCCCUCAAAGCUGAGCGUAAACUCAUGAAGCUGUAUGAGCACGCGGUCAAACCUCAAGAGGUGGUCAAAGACCCUGAUCAAGAGAGCAUCAUGAGCAAUUUGUCAGCAGCAGCUCCUGGCAUGGUGAAACAGGCUAUCCAGGUCAUAAAGUCAAUCAACACUCUGCAGAAACAAGCCGAAGGCCUCUGUGAGAUCCUCAACAUGAAACCGAGCCACGCCACCCUGGAGAUCCACCGAGAAGUGUUUGGUUUCAACAGCCAAUCCGAUGCCCUCCUGCCUCCUGUGAACGGAGCCACGAGGAACAGGCAGCCAAUCAAGAGAGCCGUAGAGGAAGCAGCUGCCGCAAGCUGCUAUGGGCCCCUCAGUAAGAAACCCGUGGGAGAGGGCAAGCCUGAGUGACACUUCCUGCUACCAUAACCACAGAACAGCAGAGAUGUUUUGAUGUUAUGUGUGUGUUGUUUCUCAACCUUUUUUUAAAGAAUAGAAAGCAGGAUUUAAAAAUGACUCUUGAGGUUUAUUCAUUUUAAACAUAGCGAAAGAUUUUCUCCAACAUGCACAGUAAAGGUUCCAUGUCUCACAUUUAGACAUAUACAUAAUAUUUAUGCUGAGACAUUACUAUAAUAUCAAAGAAAAACCCUUUAACAUGUUUAUUUGUCUAUGAAAAUAGCUUUUGUCAUAUUUGCUGAAACUUUCACUUUAUUCUGAAAGAAGCUCAUGAGACAGACAGCCUGUAAAAAAAUCACUUCCCUCCUCCUCUUCCUCCUGCUUCUAAUGGCAUUUGCUAGAAUCUACUACCAAAAACAGCCAAUCAGAGCCGAGGAGUCUCUAACGCAGCUGUCAAUCACUGCUCGUUAACUCAGGCAGCACUGAUCAAAUAUGAAUCAAAAUUCUGAUGCUGCAUUGCCUGUUUCUCGCUUCAGAUGUUUCCAGACACACAUUUUAGUGUACUGUUUAGCUGUAAAAUGAGAAAUUGAGUCUGGCCAUUGCGCGCUGCUUGGUUUCAGCUCACAUGUUUGUGGUGUUUGUGGUGGCCUAAUCACAAGUUUUCUCAAUGUACAGCUAAACAGUGCACUAAAUUAUGUUUCUGAAAUAGGCAAAUAAGCAUGAAAAAGGCAACGCAGCAACAGAAUCUUGAUUUAUAUUUGAUCAGCGCUGCCUAGUUUGAUAGUUUGAGUGACUGACAGCUGAUAAUGUGAAACUACCUAAGGGCCAGCUGCUUCUCACAUCAUAUGGGUUAUUAAAAAACACACACACAAAUGAGAUAAAUGCAACUGUUUCAUCUUCAAGUGAAAAAGUAUUCAACCUUUCACCACCACCACUCGGCAGCCCUCGCUGUCGACUUUUUGCUUCUUUGCUGUGGCCAUGAAAUUUCUGUUGUUGUGUGCCAUUGUUUGUGAAAACGCUUUAGUUCCACCUGUGUAAUUCCUACUUAGUGUGUGUCUGAAAACCACACAAUAGUCCGGACAUCAUGAGGUGAAGAGAAAAAUGCAAAGGGAUCUCGCCUGUUUGACAAGUAUUGGGUGGUGGGCCAUGUAAAGUAUAUUUUGAAAGACAAGCUGUGGGCCAUGAUUGGUCCCUGGACUGGACUGGACUGUGAACAUGCCUAAUGAAGCCAACACGAUACUCGUUGUCCUUUCACUCGCAAAGCUUGUCUUUGGUGUGCUGCAGGCCCCUUCUUAACUAUACUGCUGGACAGAGUACCAACAAAUUUUCUUAUUACAUGCACCAAUGUAUGACAAUAAGUUGUAACUGCCAUAUUUACAUUCACAAACCACGUUAAUCUUGUCUGGUUUAGAAGAUGUCUUGAGACAAUGUCUUAAUUUUAAGUCUUUUUUUAAGUGAAGAUUUUGCAGAGCAUUUUGCCACAUCAACUGAAUUCAUGAAAAAAAAUGAAAUAAAUGUAGUUUUUAGGAUUAAACUGAAUCGGAUAAAGUCCUAAAAAGGUCACUGACUCCUUUUUUGUUGCUGUUCAUAAUGUAUAAAAAUACAUUUCCAGAGACUUUACAUUUUUAAACAUUUAAAUCUAUCCUGUUAGUUCAUAUUUGUCAUUUAAAGGUAACUCUAAAAACCUGUAAAUAAAUGCAUUUUUUUUAAUCCACUCCAUCUGUUC